AAUAGUCGAAAACCUUCUUUUUUAUUGAUUUAUGGACAGGCACUAUACCUAUCGAUCGUUUUGAGAAAUUGGGUUUGUUCUGAUUGAAAUGGGCCCAAAUAUGGAAAAUGUUACUAUAUAAAUGACUUUCAUGUUUUCAAAUUCUUUUAAUCCUACGAGGCCACAUAUUUCACCCUGAAUUUUGCUGGUUUUUAUAACCCACGGGCUCCUCUCUUGUAUUUAAGAAAUGGCAAUACACGCAAAGCUGAGGAUUCCACAAUUACUUCAAAUAACCUGACUAGAUACACGUAUGAAGCCCAACUAACCUAAUUCAGGGCUUCGAAUGGUUUACAUCGUUUUGAAAUUAAAAAAACGACUUGGACGCAAGAAAUUGUGUGGUUAAUAUGCAAUGAUGGAAAUAUGGAAGAAGCAAAUAAACAAUUGCUUACACCGAGAAGUCCGUUUUUGGAGAUAGUUGAUUGUCAUCUUCGCAAUGGAAUUCAAUCUUUAGAAAAUUGGUCGAAAAGUAAUCAAAGGUAUAUUCACUACCGAAGUUUGAGAUGUGGGUUCGAUUCAAUUUCUGCCAAACUAACAAGUUGGAAUCUUCAUUAUUUCAAAAAAGGAACAACAGUUCUUUUUUGCAUUAGUAGAUAAUGAACAACUUCUUAUUUCUUACUAACGGCUUACCCACGACGUGAAAGGAAAACAGUUUAGUUUUAAUGUAACGUUAAAUAACGCCAUUAUGUGUGUCAUAAAGAUUAGGAGAUAAUAAACAUCUUGUUAUUUACUUACUAACGGCUUACCCGCGGCGUGAAUAGCACACAGUUUAGUUUUGCAGUUAAAUAACGCAAUAAAUAAAUUUUGUUCUUAUUAAUUGGUUUAAUAAUACUUUUAUUUAGUGAUGAAGACUCGUUCUCCGUACGAACUGUUACCAGAAGACAUCAAACAAGGAAAGAAAUGCAAAAUCAUUUACGUAGCAAGAAAUCCAAAGGAUUUAUGCGUUUUAAACUAUCAUUUCCAUCGUAUGCUUACAGGAACGCCUGACCUAGGAACAUGGGAAGAAUUCCUCGCAAAUUUCUGCUCACACAAAGUAGGAUUAGGAGAUUGGUUUGACCAUACACUAAAAUUUCGGGAGAAAUAUCAAGAAGUCAAGGAAAGAAUAUAUGUCGUAACUUACGAAAAUUUGAAGAAAGCUUUUCGAAAAGUAGUUGAAUCAAAAAAAUGUCGGAACAACAACUGGACGCUAUUUCUGAACAUUGUACAUGACAGCAUGAGUAAAAACAGAAGCACAAACAUGUCAAUGUUAAGACAAAAUAGUAUUUCCACGAAAAAGUCAGAGUUCAUGAGAAAGGGACAGGUCGGUGAUUGGAGAAUUUAUUUUACGAUGAACCAAAGCUUGGCCAUUGAUGAGUUAUACCAAGAAAAAAUCAAAGGAACGGGAUUUGAUAUUUCUUUUAGAAAUUGAAUUUUAGGUCAAUUAUCAACAUUGUGCAUUAUGAUUGGUAGAGAAAUUUAGAAAGGUAAAUAUUUACACACCAUUGUAGCCACGAAUAAAAAUUAUUUAAAGAUUGAAGAAUUAUGUAUGUUUCAGUCGAAAUAGUCGAUGGGAAACACUGCAUUUUUUAAAGUUCAGACAAUUUUCUAUUAGGCUACAUGGAGCAUGGAAUAAAUCAUACUCUUGAAACACAAAAUGUACAUAUGGAUCGUUUUGUUAUUAUGUUGUUGUUCGUGUUCGUUAUUCUAUUUUCUUG